CUCCCACGGAUCAGUGCCAUGCAGAGGGCUGUGGAAUAGAUGACCGUUUCGCGGAGCCGGCGAUGGUAUUCUGCGGUGCUUCAAACGCGACGACGAUGGAGGCGAGUCCGGGACGGCAGCAGCAUUAUCCAGCUGGAGCGGCGUCAUUUGUACAAGCAGCGAGCAUCGGAGAGCCGCCUAGCAGCAGCGAUGGCCCAGCCGUUCGGUCAUCCGAGGAUGAUAACGGCGAUGUCUCCGGGUCCUACUCUCACCUCACGUAUGUCGCGGCGGCAAUGGCCAUGCGCAACAUCGAUGCAGUUCUGAAACCUUUCGCCCCGCCGACGCCGUCCACGUCAGUGACAAAGCCAUUGGUAGCGUCAUCCAACGCAUCUACAACCGCCGGUGCUGCUGCCGCAAAUUUUGGCAUCAUGAAGGUAUCAGAAGUGCAAGAUCCAAUAAGAGUCGCUGCGGAACGGCAGGUGCUCUUCGAAAAGUAUGGGCGCCAGCAUCCUCGCUUGCAGCGUAUCCAUCCAGGAGUGUUCCAACGCCAUAUGGCUGGCAGCAGUGUCGGUGGCAGUGCUUCAAAUACUUGCAUGUCGCAAAGCUCUACGAAGCGGCGGAAGGUAGCUCCGAAACAUGCAGCAGCGUCGGCCAAGAAGCCGGAUGAACAAGUCUAUUCGCCCCUUUCGCUCCCUCAUCUCCUCGCGCGACUCGCGACCUUCACGCUCAGCAAUUAUUCGCUUUACAAGAAAGCUCGGAUCCCAAUCAUUAAUUCAGACUAUGACUAUUUACUAGGCGCAAGUAACGGCCAAAAUUUCCGGGAAGCAAGAUGGAAAGCUUGGAUCGAGAGGCAGCUUGGACCCGUCAACGCUGCUAGAUUGGGGUGGCAUGUGCUUACCGCAAACCACAGCCGCGACGAUCCGGCGGGCGGUAGAGAGAGGCUAAAUUGCGGGACAUGUCGCCGUAUAUGGAGCGUGGAAGACUGGCUGAAGAACGAUAUGAAGCAGACAUACCGUGAUGUAUCAGCGUCUAAGGACUCGUCAGAGGAAGAAGCGAUGGCCGCAGACGACCAGGCGACGGUAUUGUGGAAGAACCACCAUGAAUGGUGUCCCUGGAGGGUCAAGUGGAGUGCUCCCUCGCUGUACUCGCUCCCGCCCCAUGUUCGUCCGACGCUCCUCGAUGACGUCUACGACACCGCGGCAUCGCUUAUUGGCGUCCUGCAAGAGUCAUCUUCCGCAACAACACCUUCAACUUUCGGCGGGACUAUCCAAUGCACCACACCAUUAACGGAAUACCAGUGCGCUACGUUGUUCGCUGCACUGCGGGAGGUGGGCACGAAGCGAGCAACACGCACAACCGACGAAGCCGCGGCAAGUGCCACUGGUGCGAACGACAGCUUUUUACAUGCAAGUGAAGCAUGUCAACUGCAAGCUUCGCUGCUUGCCCUCUUCGGCUGGCAGCUCUGCAACAGCAACGUGGCUUACCCCUCGUUGCGGGGUUUCUCGAUCGGUGCAGAAGGUGCAGUCCUGCAGUGCACCAUGUGUCAACGCAAAAUCGGACUAUGGUCGUUCCUUCCGUCUUGCGCUUUGGGCGAUAUAUCAGAUGCUUCACGUGUGUGUCAGACACCCAAACGACUGGACGUUGUCAAGGAGCAUCGUGAUUUUUGCGCUUACGUUGUCCCCACACAUCGGAGGGAUGCUUCUUCAAAGAGUCGUCGAGAAGCCACCUUCAAUGACGGGUUGGAAGCGGAUAUAGAGGAUAAGUAUGAAGUAGAGGAAGAGCAGCGGCAGGGGCAGCUCACAAUUUGGCAAGUCCGCUUGCAAACUGUGCUGGGCCAUCCUUUAUAUCAGCGCGGUAGCACCACUCCCACCACCAAACACGCCGAUCUGCUACUCUCUUCACACCGAAGUGGUGGAGACGUUGAAGGGGCUGACCAUGGAGCAGAAGAAGUGAGCAGAGACGCAGGCUUGCGCAACCUCAACGCGUAUGAACUGCUCAAGCGCCUAAGGGAUGUGCUUUGAUGAGCCACGUGAGGCGACAUGCAAGAUGUUCAAAACAUUUACAAAUUUCUUCCUGGAGAUCCGGGCUUGCAAGUUGCACUACUGUUUAUACACCCACAUGAU